GUAAGAUCCAACGGAUAUUAAAUUGCAAGGCCCAAAUAGUUUUUUUGCAGCAGAUAAUAACUCGUCCCCACUGGCGAGUGACGACCGAGACUCUGUGACCCUAUUUUUCGAGACGAUAAAAGGGCAAACAAUCGCUCUUUUCAAAGCUCGCCUCUUCACCACAGAGAAAACUUCGUCUCUCUUCUCUGCUUCGCCCUCUCAUUUCCUGUGAGAUAAAGGCGGAGUCUCUCUCCAGUUAUUUUGCUCAUCCAUCGAUUCUUAGAGUUCAAAAUGGUUGAUCAAGUUCAGCACCCCACUAUUGCGCAGAAAGCUGCCGGGCAGUUCAUGCGUUCAAGUGUUUCCAAGGACGUUCAAGUGGGUUACCAGAGGCCUUCUAUGUAUCAAAGACAUGCAACCUACGGAAACUACUCCAAUGCUGCAUUUCAAUUUCCUCCGACAUCCCGGAUGUUGGCAACAACUGCUUCUCCCGUGUUUGUCCAAACCCCAGGAGAGAAGGGGUUCACUAACUUUGCCCUUGACUUUCUGAUGGGUGGUGUUUCUGCUGCCGUCUCCAAGACUGCUGCUGCUCCUAUUGAACGUGUUAAGCUUUUGAUCCAGAACCAGGAUGAGAUGAUUAAAGCUGGCAGGCUUUCUGAACCCUACAAGGGUAUUGGUGACUGUUUCGGCAGGACGAUUAAGGAUGAAGGUUUUGGUUCUCUAUGGAGAGGAAACACUGCCAAUGUUAUCCGUUAUUUCCCCACUCAGGCCUUGAACUUUGCCUUCAAAGAUUACUUCAAAAGACUUUUCAACUUUAAGAAGGACAGAGAUGGUUACUGGAAGUGGUUUGCUGGUAACUUGGCAUCUGGAGGAGCAGCUGGUGCCUCUUCCCUUCUGUUUGUGUACUCCCUUGACUAUGCCCGUACCCGUCUAGCUAAUGAUGCCAAGGCUGCAAAGAAAGGAGGUGGUGGAAGACAGUUUGAUGGUCUUGUUGAUGUCUACAGAAAGACACUUAAGACUGAUGGUAUUGCUGGUCUGUACCGUGGAUUCAACAUCUCAUGUGUUGGUAUCAUUGUCUACCGUGGUCUGUACUUUGGACUCUAUGACUCUGUGAAGCCUGUUCUCCUCACUGGUGACUUACAGGACAGUUUCUUCGCUAGUUUCGCUCUUGGAUGGGUUAUUACCAAUGGUGCGGGUCUUGCAUCCUACCCCAUUGACACUGUCCGCAGAAGAAUGAUGAUGACGUCUGGUGAAGCUGUCAAGUACAAGAGUUCUUUGGACGCCUUCAAGCAGAUCCUCAAGAAUGAAGGAGCCAAGUCACUCUUCAAGGGAGCUGGUGCCAACAUUCUGCGUGCUGUUGCAGGUGCUGGUGUGCUUUCCGGUUACGACAAAUUGCAGCUGAUUGUCUUCGGUAAGAAGUACGGAUCAGGAGGUGCCUAAGCAUUGCUUCUUCCUCCUUUUUUCGAUUUUAAUUGCGGUUUUAAGGCCCGCAAUAAACUGAGAUGUUGAUGAAAUUUUUUUUGCUUAAGACUUAGGGAGGCAUGUGCCCUAAACCAAAUUUUAUAUCGUUCUGACGCCAACUUUUUUUACUUAUGGAAUAAUUCAUGUUUGAGAGAGUUUGUUAGACUCUUCGAUUUUAAAGAAUUUUGGAUUUAUGAAAUAAAUUCUUCUUUUUUAUCUGAUUACCAUGUUAUUUAUAGUCUUAAUCAAC